AUGCCAGCAUGCGUCUGCAGCUGGGUGAAGCAGCACCCACACUGGGUGUAGCACCCUGGCUCCCAGCACCUUGGUGUCCAUUUGGUGUUAGGGGUGUCCCAGCACCCUGGUGUCAGCUUGGUGUUACUGGCAUCAGCCGCCUCCCAGCACCCUGCUGUCACUUUGGUAUCACCAGGGGCUGGCCAGUCCCAGCCUGCAGCAGGGAGAGGUAGGUGAGAAGGUGGCACCUAAUAGGUGCCUGGUACUGGGGACACCUUGGGGACAGUGGGACAGUGGCAUCUCUGGGACUGGCCUGCUCGGAGGUCCCUCACCCAUUCCCCUCCCCCCACGUGUGGACAGGGACAGCUGUGGGGACCCCAGGGGACAGGCAUGGGGACAGGAUCAUGCGUGGGGACAUCCUGGCAAUGGAGGCGUAUGUAGGGACAGGGACAGAUAUGGGGACAGGAUCAUGGGUGUGGGCAUCUUGGCGAUGGGGACAGGUCCAUGGCUGGGUACAUCCUGGCAAUGGGGACACAGGGGGACAGGGACAUAUAUGGAGACGUGGGGGAUGAGGUUGGGUAUGGGGACAGGGAUGGGCAUGGGGACACUCGGGGAGUGGGGACAGGGACAUCUAUGAGGCUAGGGACACAAAUGGGGACACCCUGCGGAUAAGCAUGUGUGGGAGCAGGGACACCUUGGGGGUGGGGACAUGGGUGAGGGACAGAGCGGCAAGGACAUGACAGAGAUGGAGAUGUCUGAGGGGACACCCAGGGGACAGGCCUGGGCACCAGGACAGGGAGAGGGACAUGGAUGGGGACACUCUGGGGACGUGUGACAAUGGCUUUGGGGGGGGACAGGGCUGUUCAUGGGAACAGGGAUAAUGCACGUGUUUGGGAACCACCACAGCACUCACGGGGUGAAGGUUUGGGCAGGCGCCAGUGCACUAAGUCAGGACUCAGCCACCCCAGUGGUUUCCGGCACCCGACUCUGUGGCCAGGGCUGGUGGGUGCUGAUAGCACCCAGCUCUUCCUGUGCACCCGGGGCGACCCUGGGGCCGGACAUGCACCGGAGGCUUCCCACUGCCCCACUCCAGGCUCCCCCUGCUCCAGUGUGCCAACGACAGGCACGGGUGCACCCAGAGAUGGGUGCUGGCCAAGCACGCUCUGGGCACUGCCCUGGGUGCACCCAUGGGCCCUGCACCUAUCAGCUGUUGUGAUGGGUGCACCCUAAACAGCAGCAUGGCUAUGGGUGCACCUUGGACCUGGGCACAUGCUGGGUACUGUCUUGGGGGAGCACCCGUGGACCCUGCACCCACCAGGCACUGCCAUGGGUGCACUCUGGGCACACGCAGCCAUCAACCACUGCUAUGGGUGCACCCGCAGGCCCUGCAUCCACCAGGCACUGUGGCCGGGAGUGGGGAGGGGCCACAGGGUGCUGAGGGGCCCCAUGCAGGGACCAUCCCAUCCGGGCCAACCCCUCUGUCCCUGUCCCCCUCCCUUAUCAGCGGGGACAGGCGGCGGGUGGUUGUGGGGACGAUGUACGGCAACGUGGCGACGGGCCCGCACGGGCAGGGAUCACCGUGGGUGCCAGCACCCAGCACCCAGGAAGCAUGCAGCACCCUGUGCCCAGCCGAGGAGAACCCCUACGAACCCUUGGACCCUCCGGGUGCCGCACCAAGCCUCCCCCAAGUCCCCGAGCCACCCGCCCUGGCCAAGAGCUGCGGCUCCAGCGUGGCCCGACACCGCAGCACUUCCAGACGGGGGAUCCGGGCUCUCCCACCCAGCUGCUCUGGGUCCAGGCAGGUGCUGGCCACCACUGUGGCCCUGAGUGUCUCGGUAGUCCUCAACGUGCUCCUCCUCACCCUGCACCUGCGGCCAAGUGAGUACUGGGGGCCUUUGGGUGCUCCCAAGGCUGCUGCUGCCCUUGUGGGCAGAGUUAAGGCGAUAGUGCUAUGGGCAGAGUAAAGGUGAUGGCACUGUGGGUAGAGUCAACGUGACAGUGUUGUGGGCAGAGUUAAGGGGACAAUGUUGUGGUCAGAGUUAAGGUGAUGGUGCUGUGGGCAGAGUUAAGGGGACAAUGUUGUGGGCGGAAUUAAGGUGAUGGUGCUGUGGGCAGAGUUAAGGUGAUGACUUUGUGAGCAGAGUUAAGGGGACAGUGUUGUGGGCAGUUACAGUGACAGCACCAUGGGCAGAGUUACGGUGACAGUUCUGCAGGCAGAGUUUAGGUGACAACAUUGUGGGCAGAGUUAAGGUGACAGCCCGAUGUCACCCUGCAGAU